UAUUCAGUUUGGUGUCUCACUUUCUAACAUUUUGCAUAUUGCAUGAACUCUAAAUUUAAGACAUUCACUAUCCAUUUCUGAACUAAUUUUUCUCUCGAAAGAAAAAAAAUCGAGAAAUCAAAGUCAGAGCAAUAAAAACAAGAGGGUCGUUCAUGAUCGAGACAAAAGAAUGCCUGAAAUUAGCAGAUUUCUCUUGCUAGUUCUCUUGUCAUUACUCAUAUCGGACGCACGUGCCAAGAGGAUCAGAGAUAUAAAUCAGCCCGUCGUCACGUACGACGCCCGAUCACUUAUCAUUAAUGGGAGUAGAGAGCUAUUAUUCUCCGGCUCGAUCCAUUAUCCACGCAGCACUCCAGACAUGUGGCCUGAUCUCAUAAAAAAGGCUAAAGAAUGUGGCCUCAAUGUGAUACAAACUUAUGUAUUUUGGAAUAUUCACGAGCCUGUUCAAGGCAAGCUCAACUUUGAAGGGAACUAUGAUUUGUUGAAAUACAUCAAAUUAAUAGGGGAUAGUGGUUUGUGGGUGACCCUUAGAAUUGGACCUUACAUUGAAGCAGAAUGGAACAUGGGGGGAUUUCCAUACUGGUUGAAGGAGGUUCCCAACAUCACAUUCCGCUCUUACAACGAACCUUUUAUGUUCCACAUGAAGAAGUAUGCAGAAACAAUUAUAAACAUGGUGAAAGCAGAGAAGCUCUUUGCAGAUCAAGGAGGCCCCAUUAUCAUGGCGCAGAUCGAAAAUGAGUACAACAAUGUGCAACUUUCAUAUAGGGAAAUGGGCACAAAAUACAUAAAGUGGGCUGCAGACAUGGCCGUUGGCCUAUACAAUGGUGUGCCAUGGAUCAUGUGCAAGCAAAAGGAUGCUCCUCCCACAGUAAUCAGUACCUGCAACGGAAGGCAAUGCGGCGAUACUUUCCCCGGCCCAAAUGGUCCCGACAAGCCUUCUCUUUGGACUGAGAAUUGGACAGCGCAGUACAGAGUGUUUGGGGACUCUCCCUCUCAGCGCGCCGCGGAGGAUCUCGCGUUCGCCAUUACUCGAUUCUUUGCAAGAAACGGCACCCUCAACAACUACUACAUGUUUCAUGGUGGAACCAACUUUGGGAGAACAAGCUCGUCUUUCGUCACCACACGUUACUAUGACGAAGCUCCACUAGAUGAGUUUGGUUUGAAGAGAGACCCUAAAUUUGGACAUAUGAGAGACCUGCACAAAGCCUUGAGACUGAGCAAGAAGCCUCUGCUUUGGGGGGUUCAAUCCAUACAGAGAGUCAGCCCAGAUUUGGAGAUCACAUUAUACGAGAAGGCAGAUUCCCAUAUGUGUGCUGCAUUUUUAACCAACAACAACACAAAGCUAGAUUUGAGCAUUAAUUUUAGAGGUGUCGACUAUUUCUUACCAGCCAAAUCCAUCAGCAUCCUCCCAGACUGCAAAACAGUUGUCUACAACACUAACACGGUUGUCUCACAACAUAGUUCUAGAAACUUCAUCACCCCGGCCGAAUCAAAGGUAGCCAAGUGGGAGAUGUUCAAAGAGGCAAUUCCCACAAUAAAUGAGUUGGAAAUAAAGAGCAAGGUGCCAAGAGAGCUUUACCAUCUCAACAAAGAUAUGUCAGAUUAUGCAUGGUACAGCACUAGCAUCAACUUCGAGCGGCGCGAUCUGCCGAUGCGAUCGGACAUACUUCCGAUCUUAAUGAUUGCAAGUCUUGGGCAUGCUCUAGCUGCGUUCGUCAACGGUGAAUACGUAGGUUUUGGACGUGGAAGCAAUGUGGAGAAGAGCCAUGUAUUCAAGAAGUCUGUAGUUUUGAACCCUGGAAUCAACAACAUAUCAAUACUAGCAAUGACAGUUGGUUUGCCUAAUAGUGGUGCCUAUAUGGAGAGAAGGUUUGCUGGGCCAAAAGUUGUCACUCUUGAAGGUUUAAUGGCUGGAACUCUUGAUAUCACCAACAACCAUUGGGGCCAACAGGUUGGUGUUAAUGGAGAAAGGUUGCAGAUCUUUAGUGAAGAAGGAUCGAAGAAAGUUCAUUGGGUCCCAUUUGAUGGGAAAUCUGGACCCAUUACUUGGUACAAGGGUUACUUCGAUGCCCCCGGAGGAAACGAGCCCGUUGCUUUGAGAAUGAUGAGCAUGGAAAAGGGCAUGGUUUGGAUCAAUGGGCUAAGCAUUGGUAGAUAUUGGGUAUCGUAUCUUUCUCCGCUUGGAAAACCCACUCAAGAAGAAUAUCACGUCCCACGAGCAUUCUUAAAGCCAAAAGGUAACUUGAUAGUAGUGUUCGAAGAGACUGGAGGGUAUCCGGAUAAGAUCGAAAUUCAGACGGUGAAUAGAGACACCAUUUGCAGCAUAAUCUCGGAUUUCCAUCCAACACCGGUGAAGCCAUUUGAACAAAAAAACAACCAAUUUCGUUCGAUUGGGAACCCCGUCAAAGCGGGUUACCUUAAUUGCCCCGAUGGUAAAGUUAUCGAGAAAGUUGAAUUUGCCAGUUUUGGAAAUGCCGAGGGCGCGUGUGGCGCAUUUACACCUGGAAAAUGCGAAUCACCAAAAACCCACAAGGUUGUUGAGCAGCUAUGCUUGGGUAAGCCAUCGUGCACGAUUCCGUUUGAGAAAGAGACAUUCUUCGAAGACAACAAGGAUCCUUGCCCCGAUGUCACAAAAACGUUGUCGGUGCAAGUGAGAUGCGGAGUGUCAAGAAAGAGCGCGAACUUGAGUUUUUUCUUGUGAUUAAUGUUGUAGAAAUUAUAACUAUUUAGAUUGUUAGAUAAUUCGAUCUUAUGUUGCUGAUUUUUGAUAGAUAGUUUAAAGCAACGUAUAUAGGGGCAAAUAAAAACACUUUUUCAAAUUGUGUGAUUUAAGUUGUUGCUAGUACCC